AAUAAAAAAUUAUAAUAACUCUUCUACCACAAUAUAAAUACGCCACAAGCCGCGCUAUCGCACAGAAAUCAUCAAAAUGAACAAACUCCUAGUUGUGUUUUUAGUCGUCCUGGUUGCUGUAACUUUGGAAGUUACAGCCCAAGGGGGUGGCGGCGGUGAGGCCGGCAUGGGUGGCGGCUUCGGGGGCAGCGUCGGUUUUUCAGCGGGGGCUGGCGCCGGCGCCGGGGGCGGCGCUGGCGCAGGUGGCGGUCUCAUAGGCCACCCGAAAGUCAAACGGUGCGCGACCGAAGCGACGGAAGAGGAAGGCAAAGCUGAGGAGAAGGCCAAAGAAGGGGGCGGCAAAAUUAAACGAAGUGCUGAUGACGAGCAAAAGGGCGAUGAUAAAGUGGGCGAACAAUAGAGUAGUGGCAAAGUAGAAUAAAAAAUUCAAGCAAA